CCGAAAUGUCCGGCUUUCCCUCUCUCCAACCUGCCUUUACGGUCCAGGUCGCAAUCGACCUACCAAUGCAGGUCGGUACUCAGACGGGCUCCCAACUGGCCAUUAUACCCAUGACGAGCGGCACCGUGAAGAGCGAGCCAGGCUUUGAGCCGAAACUUGACGCCGAGCUGCAUGGAGUUGGAUAUGAUUACAUUCACAACGACGCUGAUGGUGCGAACAUGAGGCUGGAUGUGAGAAGUCAGCUCAAGAACCACGACGGAACUCUUUUGGCAAUGUAUUACAAGGGCCACGUCAAGGUUACCCCAGGUGUUGCGGCAUUGUUGGCUCACAGUCCGGAUGCGACAACGACUGACUUUGGAGAUGUGUUUACCAACUUUUCGUUUGAGACUGGCAACCCAGCUUAUGCUGCGCUGCAGAAUGGGGUGUAUGUUGCUGCUGGACAUUUCAUUAAAGAGAUACCAGGAAAACAGGGACUCACGGUCGAGUACAAGGUUAGCAAGGUUGUAUACAAUGCGUAGACCUCUUGUGGUCUAGACAUUGAGUGCUCACCAGAAUCGAAUAUCUGAA